GUCCCUCUUCCUACUCCCCGGCCAAGGCGCCUCUGGGCUUUUCUCUCCAACGCUACAGCGCCCACCGCGUUUUAGGUUGAAUCCCGUGUUGGACCUGCUGUUUUGCUGAUCUCCACACACUGAGCCUCUCGGUAAAGCCCAGAGAAGUGGAAUCUGCACACUGAAACUCUCGGUGUCUGGAGCCGGCGGACUGGGCAUGCUCAGAAGCCAGGGUUGGCUUUGGUCUCAACUAGGAAGCUUUUGCUCUCCGGAGGCAGCGGCGACUUUGGGGAAAGUUGAUCAGAGAGGGGAGGAAGCCCCAAGACGCGGAGCAGCGCCAGGAAGGAGCCCCGGCAGCCCGGAGGAGUAUGGGCACCCUACGGGAUUUACAGUACGCGCUCCAGGAGAAGAUCGAGGAGCUGAGGCAGCGGGAUGCUCUCAUCGACGAGCUGGAGCUGGAGUUGGAUCAGAAGGACGAACUGAUCCAGAAGCUGCAGAACGAGCUGGACAAGUACCGCUCGGUGAUCCGACCGGCCACCCAGCAGGCGCAGAAGCAGAGCGCUAGCACCUUGCAGGGUGAGCCGCGCACCAAGCGACAGGCGAUUUCCGCGGAGCCCACCGCCUUCGACAUCCAGGAUCUCAGCCAUGUGACCCUGCCCUUCUACCCCAAGAGCCCACAGUCCAAGGAUCUUAUAAAGGAAGCCAUCCUUGACAAUGACUUCAUGAAGAACUUGGAACUGUCACAGAUCCAGGAGAUUGUGGAUUGUAUGUACCCAGUGGAAUAUGGCAAAGACAGUUGCAUCAUCAAAGAAGGAGACGUGGGGUCGCUGGUGUAUGUCAUGGAAGAUGGGAAGGUUGAAGUUACAAAAGAAGGUGUGAAGCUGUGUACCAUGGGUCCAGGAAAGGUGUUUGGGGAGCUGGCUAUUCUUUACAACUGUACCCGGACAGCGACCGUCAAGACUCUUGUAAAUGUGAAACUUUGGGCCAUUGAUCGACAAUGUUUUCAAACAAUAAUGAUGAGGACAGGACUCAUCAAGCAUACCGAGUACAUGGAAUUUUUAAAAAGUGUUCCAACAUUCCAGAGCCUUCCUGAAGAGAUUCUUAGCAAGCUUGCUGAUGUCCUUGAAGAGACUCACUAUGAAAAUGGGGAAUAUAUUAUCAGGCAAGGUGCAAGAGGGGACACCUUUUUUAUCAUCAGCAAAGGAAAGGUGAAUGUCACUCGGGAAGACUCACCUAGUGAAGACCCAGUCUUUCUUAGGACUUUAGGAAAAGGAGACUGGUUUGGAGAGAAAGCCUUGCAGGGGGAAGAUGUAAGAACAGCAAAUGUCAUUGCUGCAGAAGCUGUAACCUGCCUUGUGAUUGACAGAGACUCUUUCAAGCAUUUGAUUGGAGGGCUGGAUGAUGUUUCUAAUAAAGCAUAUGAAGAUGCAGAAGCAAAAGCAAAAUAUGAAGCUGAAGCUGCUUUCUUCGCCAACCUGAAGCUGUCUGAUUUCAACAUUAUUGACACCCUUGGAGUUGGAGGUUUCGGACGAGUAGAACUGGUCCAGUUGAAAAGUGAAGAAUCCAAAACAUUUGCAAUGAAGAUUCUCAAGAAACGCCACAUUGUGGAUACCAGACAGCAGGAGCACAUCCGCUCAGAGAAGCAUAUCAUGCAGGGGGCUCAUUCUGACUUCAUAGUGAGGCUAUACAGGACAUUUAAGGACAGCAAAUAUUUGUAUAUGUUGAUGGAAGUUUGCCUAGGUGGAGAACUCUGGACCAUUCUCAGGGAUAGAGGUUCAUUUGAAGAUUCUACAACCAGAUUUUACACAGCAUGUGUGGUAGAAGCUUUCGCCUAUCUGCAUUCCAAAGGAAUCAUUUACAGGGACCUCAAGCCAGAAAAUCUCAUCCUAGAUCAUCGAGGUUACGCCAAACUGGUUGAUUUUGGCUUUGCAAAGAAAAUAGGAUUUGGAAAGAAAACAUGGACUUUUUGUGGAACUCCAGAGUAUGUAGCCCCAGAGAUCAUCUUAAACAAAGGUCAUGACAUUUCAGCCGACUAUUGGUCAUUGGGAAUUCUAAUGUAUGAACUUCUGACUGGCAGCCCACCUUUCUCAGGCCCAGAUCCUAUGAAAACCUAUAACAUCAUAUUGAGGGGGAUUGACAUGAUAGAAUUUCCAAAGAAGAUUGCCAAAAAUGCUGCUAAUUUAAUUAAAAAACUAUGCAGGGAUAACCCAUCGGAAAGAUUAGGAAAUUUGAAAAAUGGAGUGAAAGAUAUUCAAAAGCACAAGUGGUUUGAGGGCUUUAACUGGGAAGGUCUGAGAAAGGGCACCUUGACUCCUCCCAUAAUACCAAGCGUUGCAUCACCCACGGACACAAGCAAUUUCGACAGUUUUCCUGAGGACAGCGAUGAGCCACCGCCUGAUGACAACUCAGGCUGGGACAUAGACUUCUAAUGCAUUUCUCUUACCUGCUUCUGCCUUGCUGAAGACAGCUUUUUCUGAGACACAGCUGCCAGCAAACUUGAGGGAAAGAGAGAAGAUUAGUGCUCGGGGUCACCAUGAUGCCUUUGAUCGAUGCUGCUCCAGUAACUACAGUGGCAUUAGGACUUAUUGCUUAGAUGACAAUAGUGCUCUUUACAUGUUUUCUGUUUGAACCUAAAAUAGCAGUUGACAUGGUGGUCCUGAAGCAAAGCCUUUCACCAGUACAGAGAUGUUUUCUAUUGUUGCAACGAUCGAUCUUGCUUUGCUCUGAUUAUAAUUUGAAAGACUGUAGGAAGCACUUCAAUCUAGUAAAAGAGUCUGUACCUUGCUAGGUUUAUCAGGAUGAAAGAAUAAUAUAUUGGUACGAUGGAUUACUAUGGUACAGAACCUGGGCUAUCCCCUUUCUUUAAAUGAAGGUUGUGGAAUCUGUUACUGCAAGCCAGUGUAUAUACCGUAGAAAAGAGGACCACACAUCUGUGGGUCACAGAGUUCAUGUCAAACCAGUGCUAGAAGUUUCAUGAUUUUAUUUCCCAGCAGUGCUGAUGACAAGACUGAAUGUUACCUUUUCUUUCUGACAGAUUUUAAAAAUUGAUAUGAUAAAAGCACAACUGCUAUGGAUUCUCCUGAGACCUUUCAUAGCAGGUAUAUAUGCGUUUUCACAGAGGAUUGAAAAAAAUGCAUGAUAUUCAUUUCUUUUUGAUAAAUUGGCAUGACAGAGUGGGGGAAAAAAGCAAUUCACAAAACCAUUUCAUAUUUUAAAAAACAUAUUGUGCUUAAAGAUGGUCCUGGAAAUAAAUGACUAGCAGCCAAUUGGUUUAUCUAUUUACCUAACAUACCCUCAAACUGAGGCUUAAAAUAUUUCUUUUAUAAAAAUAAACCCUUGGGUUGGGGGUGGGGUAUGGUGGGGAGGGAUUAAGACCCAUCCAAAAAAUAAAAAACUAUAUAGGUGCUAUGUAUAUCUUUCAUCUGUAAUGUCAGUGUCUGAACAGACAACACAAAUUCUAAACCUUACAUGUCUAGCCAGAGACUCAAGCAUUUUCACUAAAUUUAUUAAACUAAACACCUGUCAGAUUUCACUUACACAACAUAGACUAGGUUCGAGAGAGAAAGGUGAUUUGGAAACCUUUUUGAACUAGCUUCUUGUCUUAGGCCUGAACCAAAAAAGAAAUAAGAAAAAAAAAAAAGUCAGAAAGCACAAAGUCAAAGUUAUUAAAGUUUACAAAACCAGGAAGCUCACUCAUUUGAGGUCAGGAAAGAGAACAAGAAACUGCACAGGUGUUGAUUACCUUUUCCUGAAUAAACCCACAUACUUGUCAAAGUAGGAAGGGGUUAGAGAGGGAAAAAGGAACAUGAGUUCACAAAAAUUGAUUUUAGCAAAAUAAAACAAAUAUUAGUGAACCUGAAAUUUAUACUAACUAGGAAAGACUAGAUAUGAAAAUAUUAGACUGAUUUGCUUUUUUCACGUAGAAUAAAGAAUCAGCAGAUGAAGUUGGGUCCAUUGGUGGCAAGCCAGAUGAACAUUAUUAGCUGUCAAUAGUGGAGUUUUCCAGAAGCUUUUUUUCCUGGACAGAUAGCAUUAUACCUACACAGAUCAAUGUAUAACCUUCCAAACUGUCUUGGAACUGUAUGUGAAUUUGGUAUAAUAAGGACAGUUUUGCUUUUUAACAUUAGAGAGUUUUUCUUAAUCUAAUGUAGAUGUUUUUGCAAAAUUAUGUCCAAUUAGAUCAUCAUAUCUUAGCCAAGAAAGGGUAUAUUAUGAAUUUUGUUUGAAUUUUUCAUACUCAAAACUAUUUUAGAACAUGAUAUCAAAAUAAACUCUAAAAACAUUUUUAGGAUAGAACUAAUAAAUAUAUACUAUAUAUAUAAAGGAUAAAAUUCAAUUAAAACUUUGAUCCUAAGAUAUUAUUGAUACUAUUAUUAUUGGAACUUUCCCUCUCUUACAAACAAUUUCUCAAAAUCAACCUAUUCCCCAAGACAUUGGCUGUCUUCUGCAGAUUUCAGAAUAUAAAAUUAAGUGUAUCAACCUAAAGUCUAGCUAUGAAUCCUAUUUCAGAGGUUUCAUAUGUCUUUUAAUUGGUCUUUUAAUAUGUAUAUGUAUAAUUCCAAUUACCGCCAAUGUUCAAUAAUUUUUGUUUAAAGAUUGUGUGGUUCAGGUAUGCUAAAGGCUUGCUAGAAUAUUAAAUUUACCUUGUCAUUAGAAAGUGAAUCUGCCCCUACAAAUUUUCAAAUAUCACAAAAGUCCCAGAAAUUAGCACUUACUCUGGAUUUUGGACUAUUAUGGUUCAAGUCUAAGACAACCCAUAUGUACAGUUCUACGGAGAAGGAAGAAGUAGCAUUCAGCACAAUGUAACUGUAGAUUGUUUUUCCCACCUGUACCUGCAUCUUCGUCAUUUCACCCACAACAUUGUAUCAGGAUGUCUAAAGCAAUCACCAAAAAAUAAAGGUGAACUAUAUCUUCCAAGAAUUACUAAUGAAAACAUUCAUCUGAUUUAUAACAUUUAAUUUAAAGGAAUUAAAUCUUGUCUUAAUGAAGACACUAGGGCUAUAAUUCAUGGUCAGCUUCAUUUUAUUUCUGAAUUUUUCAUGCCCUCUUUUUUUCUUACAUUAAAGAACAUCUGGAUAAGUUUAGAAUAGUGCCAACUUGUUUGAUUUGUGAACUGACUUUCUUGUUAAUAUUUCCAGUAUGGGAAAUAAGGGCUUUCUGUGUGUCUUGAUUCACAGGAAAACUGAAAACUGCCAAGGGAAGGAAUAUCAAAGUUGAGAUAGAUUGAAUACAUUAGAGAAAAUUAUUUGUGGAAAAUUGCUGUAAUUGAUUUUUAUGUUUAUUACCUUCCUUGUUAUUACAAUAUGAAUCAGACCCAUGUAGCAUUUAAAACAAAUGUAUUUUGAUUAUAUACUUAACAAAUCAUAGUUUUUACUUACAGUUAUGAAAUAUACAUGUGAAUUUUACAUGUAUAAUGAUACAUACUCAACUAUUGGAUUUUUCUUGCUUCAUUUUUAAAUGACUGAACUGAUGAUGAUGAAUUUAAAUUUAAAGAAGUCAGCUACCAGAUUGACAACAAGGAUAUCAGAAAUGAUUUCAUACAAUAGAGGUGAUCUGUGCAUUAUCCAUAACACUGUUUUCUUUCACAAUAGGACCACAGACAAAUAUUUAUGUAAAUAGAUAUUUUUGUGUGAUAUUUUGUGGUACAUAUAACUUUUUUUAGUGUUUCACAGCAUUAUUAUUUCAUUUUAUUUGUAUUGAAUAAUGUUUUUAGGUCCAAGUAGACUUGAAUUAAUGUCAUAAUUGUCAGUAUUAUUGAAAACUAUGUCAACAGUACUGUUAUUCAUCUGUCCCAUAGUUUAGAACAUGACCUGGCUAUCUGGCAUUGUUGCAAGUGCCUUAAAUUCAUGGCAUCUGAUUAAAAAAAAAAAAAAACAAAUUUGGUGUUAUGCUGCAUGACAAAGACAAACACACCUCAAAA